AUGUAUUUAUACUUACAUUUUAAUAAAAUUAUAUAUAUAUUAUUUCAAUUAUUUUUAUUAAUAUUAUCACAACAAACAUAUCAAGAAUAUUCUACAGUUGAUUUAUUUGGAAAUAAAAAUCCAAUAUAUAAUUAUUUACCAAAUCCUGGUCAUGUAGAUGUUAAAAAAUUAGAUGAAUAUCUUGAAAAUACAGAUCAUCGAAUGGAAGAAGGUUGGUGGCAUUUAUUUCCAUAUGGACCAUUAUAUCAUGAUGCAUCAAUACUUACAAAAACUAAUCAUGAUAGACAAAUUGACUUUGAUUUUGAUUUUCCUUUUUAUGGAUUUAGAUUUAAUUAUACAAUGAUAUAUCCUGGUGGUUUAUUAGCAUUUUCUGAUCCAGAAUUUAUUCAACCACCAUAUACAUUUCCUAAUCCAAGAUGGCCAGAACAAAAAGAUGCAAGUUUUAUAGCACCAUUUUAUGCUGAUCAACAAUUUCAAUAUAUUGGUGAAAGAGGAAUAUCUAAUGUUUGGUAUCGUUUAGUUUUCCGUCCACGUGCAUAUGAAAAUUUUGAUGAAUGGGGUGAUCCAUUAAUGAAGAAUGGAUUUGAUCAAUAUUCUGAUAUGUUUAAAACACAAUAUGAUAGAUAUCAUAAACAAAAAUGGGGACGUGUUGAAGAUCCAAAUUUAUUAGAUAAUAUUACAAUGGCAAUUCGUGAAGGAAUUAUUGGUGCUCAUGGUUUUAGAGCUGAUUAUGCAGUUAUUGUAACAUGGGAAAGAAUGGCAUAUGGUGGUGCUCCAAAAAUAACACAAGUUAAUAAAUUUGAAGAAGCAAAAAGAUGGACAAAUACAUAUCAAGUUGUCCUGGCAACAGAUGAAAUCAGAAGUUAUUGUAUUUUUAAUUAUGCACAUAUAAAUUGGACUUCAUCUAAUACUGCUGGAGCUUUACAGGGAAGAGGAGGAUUACAAUCUGCUAUUGCUGGUUUUAAUGGUGGAAAUGGAACAGGUUGGACUCCAUUACCUUAUUCAGGUGAAGGAAGAGUAUUAAAAUUACAAGAAUUUUCAAAUGUAGGUGUUCCUGGAAGAUGGUUAUAUAGAAUUGAUGAGCAAAUAAUUCCAGGUGGAUGUUCAAAUGAAUCAGUUGGAUUCAUGACAACAGCACCUAUUGCUGCAUCAAUGAUUGGUGGAAUUCUAGUUAAUGUUUCAGGACCUUGUUUAAGAGGUGGUGAUGUUGUUAAAGUAAUUUUUGAUGAAUAUCAAGUUGAUUGUGAAAGAUUAAGUAUGAUAAGAGCGCAAUGUAUUCUACCUGUUAACAGAAUGUUUCGAACAGGUUUAGUACAAACAAGAAUGUCAAGAGAUGGUGGACAAAGUUAUCCAUAUGUGGGUACAUUUUAUUUGCUUCAACCUGCACUGGCAAUGCCGCAGGUAAAAUUAAUUGAUAAUCCAAAAGAAGUAUUUAAUAAUUGGAGAUCAGCGAAUGCAACUAAAUUAAGAUUAGAAUGGGCACCAUAUAAUUUAACAAAUGAUAUCAAUGCGCAAGUUGAUAUUACCUUAAUGGGAUAUUGGGAAGAUACAGAUGAUCAUGUAUUUGAAGAAGUUGGAACAUUAGGUUUACGCCUUCCUAAUUCAGGAAGUUAUGAAUUUGAUCCAAGAACGAUGGCACGAACAAAUAUGGUUAUUGAUGCAUGGAGAAGAUUUUCAUUUGGAUUUGUAAGAAUAUCUCUUUCAGAUCAACAUGAAUCUAAUGGAGCUUUUUGGAGUAAAAUGACACCAUUUGGAUGGUAUUUCAGAGAUGUAUGGGAAUAUGAAUAUGGAAGUGAUUGGGCAUUAGAAUUAUGUAAAGAUUGGUUUGAUUAUGAUGGUCGAAGAAUCAAUUAUGCAAUGGAUUUGGAACCAUCUGUUCCAUGCCCUUGUAUACUAGAUCAAGCUUUAUUAGAUAUUGGGCGUUUUAUGCCAUUGAUAGGAUGUGACAGAGAUGGUGAUGCAUCUUGUAAUUAUAAUAAAGGUGCUCAACAUUGUGUAAUGUCCACAACUUCAACAUGGACAGGUGCAGGGCAGGUUUGUUGUUAUGAUUUCGAAGGAUGGUUAAUGCAUUCAGAUGAUUAUGAGAAUGCUGCACAUUUAAGAUUUUUUUCUCCAGGUACUUCACAAAGAAGUCAUCCAUUAGGAUCAUAUCCUUAUAAAAGACCACCAUAUGUGCCAUCAUUAUCAAAUUACUAUACUGAUGUGAUGGCAUAUGAAAAAUGUUGUAAAUGGGCAGGAAAUUGUGAAUUUUAUUUUUGGCGCAGACAGACUUCUGGAUGCCAAGAAUAUAUUCCACCUGUUGCCGGUAUAGCAUAUGGAGAUCCACAUUUUGUAACAUAUGAUGGAACUCGAUAUUCUUUUAAUGGAAAAGGAUAUUAUAUGCUUACAAUGGCAAAAGAUGCAAUACAUGAUUUUCAGGUUCAAAUCCGUAUGGAGCAACCUCCAAAAACGGAUUGGAAUCAAGAAGUUAUGGGAACUGUCAUUACGGGUAUGGCAGCUCGUGAAAAUGACAGUGAUAUUGUACAAAUAUUUGCAAGAAAAGAUCACCGAAGAUGGAGAUACAAAAUGGAUGUUGUUGUAAAUGGUUUUCAUUGUUAUUUUGAUACACCAGAAUUAAAAAUUCAAAAAUUCAAAGGCAUAACAUUAAGAUCUCCAGAAAGAAAUCAUAAUCAAUCAGAAAUCCAUGUUAUGUUUGAAUCUGGAGUUGGUAUUCAAGUUCAAGAAGCACAUGGGGUUUUAUCAGUGAUGGUUCUUCUUCCACCACAAUUUAAUGAAUCAUAUGCCUUUCCACGAGGUCAUGAUUAUUAUGGUACAGGUUUCGAUGAAUAUGGUCGAUCAACUUCUAAUGUUCGACCUGAUUUUUCUGAUUUACUUGUACCACCAUCAACAUUACAAUUUUCAGCUGGAAUUCAACGAUUUGUAACAGUAGGAUUGUUGGGUACAUUUAAUGACAAUCAUUUAGAUGAUUUAAUGUCUCCAGAUGGACAAAUUACAAUAGUAAAUUAUCCACCAACAGAACAAGAUAAUAGAAAUGCUUAUGAAUUUGGUAAAAGAUGGAGAAUAGAUGGUUCAAAAUAUAAAUUACUUUUUCAAGAUAAUAACAAACCAAUAUAUGAUCCAUUAAAAUUUGGUAAUGAUUAUUCUUAUCAACCAAUUUUUGAUCCAUAUAGAUUACAAUAUAAUGCAUCUCUAGUUUUUACAUUAGAAGAAGUCCGAGUUGCAUGUCAAAAUGUUUAUGAAUGUGAAUAUGAUUAUUUUCUAACUGGAAGAAGAGAAAUUGCAAUGGCAACUUUAGAAGUUCAAAAGAAAUUAUUAGAAUUAAAAGAAAAAGGUAGUAAAAGAAAACAAAGUUGUGGUGCAUUAUUAACUGGUCCUGGUGUUAUUAAAUAUCCACCAGGAAAUAAUUAUUUAGAUGGUGUUACAGUAACAUUUACCUGUAAACCUGAAUACUUUAUACAUGGUACACCACAAAGAAUUUGUAUAAAUGGUACUUGGAGUCCUGGUUGGUGGACAUGGUGUAGAAGAAGAACAUUAGAAACAGGAUUAAAAUGGAUUACAGGAGUUUUAAGUAGUACUGCAAUAUUACUUUUUAUUGCUUCAAUAUUUUUUGCAUGUUAUUUAAGACGUGUAUCAUUACAUCCUGAAACAAAAAUAACAUUAAGAAGAACAGAAAGUUGUGGUGGUUUAAGUAAAAUAACUAAAACUAAUAGAACAGAUGAUGAAUUAAUAGAAACAAUACAAAAUGAAACUAUAUAUGAUAAUAGAAUACCAGAACAUAUAAAAAGUCCUAUACAAUCAAGAAGGAGUGUUCGGAUAAGAAAUGUUCCAGAUAUACAAAUAAUACCUCCAUCAACAGAAAGUAGACAAGAACAAAAAGAAUCAUAUAUUAAUCAUAGAGUACCACAAAGAGAAGAAAGAAUUUUUCCAUUAUCAGUAGUAGAUGAAUCAAUCCAACAACCAAUAAGACAUUAUCAAAUAGAACAAAAAUAUGAAUAUGAAUAUACCAAUGAAGCUUUUAUUGACACAGAAAAUCUUCAAGGUCCGCCAAUGGCAUUGAGACAACCACAAUCUUCUCAAUUUUUAGGACGUGAAACAUCAACAUAA